AUAUCACACUCACAAUGGACACCAAUCAGCAGGAUGUCGAAACACUUGUGCAUUCAGAAGAUCCUAACCACCCUGCGAACCACAUCUGCACGCUGUGCGCAAAGUUCUACACCUUGGGCUGGGUGACAGGGACUGGUGGAGGAACGAGCAUUCGCCAUGAAGACAAAAUAUAUAUCGCGCCCAGCGGCGUGCAGAAAGAGCUCAUGAAGCCCACUGACAUGUUUGUCAUGGACUUCAACAGUAAAGAAUAUCUUCGAAGACCACAGGUUCUCAAGCCCUCGGCCUGCACUCCUCUCUUCAUGGCAGCCUUCGAGCGUGGUGCUGGCUGCUGCAUCCACACACACUCGCAAUGGGCCGUUCUUGUGACUCUUCUCGUUGAACGCGACUUCGGCAAAGAUGCCUGCUUCGAAAUCGAGGAGAUUGAGCAGAUCAAGGGCAUACCUAACGGUCGAGGCAAGCCGGGAAACCUAGGCUACUAUGACCGCUUGAGGAUACCAAUCAUCGAAAACACAGCGCAUGAGGAAGAUCUGAGGGAGAGCUUGGAGGCAGCUAUGGAGAAGUAUCCAGACUCGUAUGCGAUUCUGGUUCGAAGACACGGCAUAUAUGUCUGGGGCGACAACGUGCACAAGGCGAAGACCCAGUGCGAGAGCAUCGACUAUAUCCUGCAACUUGCGGUCGAGAUGAAGAAGCUUGGGUUGCCAUGGACAAAACAAGAAUGAGGAGGGUCACCAGCCGGACUUUACCGCCAGUUUGCGCAGAAUCAGUGGAAAUAUCGGUUCUGUUCACGUUUCUACGCAGAAUUGAUGCGGAUCAAGCUUGGUCAAUGGUCUAUCCAACACUCCGUCACAUGGCGUAUUUUCUGAACGAUUUGACAUUGUUCAAAAGGGGCAGUGAUGGUCAAUACGAGACCAAGUUAUCAUUCUUCUAGGAUGUGUAUGGAAAUGCUACUCGUCGGGAUACUCGUGGUCUACACAGCUAUGAUAAGAUUGAUUGAUUACGUCUUCCCCGAGUGCCCAGUUCUUCAAAUAUCUUCUACCGGGUGGUGCUGCGUGCACGUAUCAUCAAGUCGAUGAGGAAAAGACACUUAUAAUGCCUAUAUAUGAUAAAAUCCGAGGAAUCACAAUGUAUAGAUAAAGAGUGAGACAUAGACGGGUCGAUGUAACUUGCC